CAUUUGGAGGCGCACAGAGGACCGGCGGCUCUCUACAAGAGCAGAGGUGAUUAGAUAAUCUGAAAGAUAAUCUAAAGACUUGAUCUUCAUCAUUACUGAACAUAUACCAGGUGCCAUGGCUCAAGCUGAAGUAGCACUACUGCAGUGUGCGUUGUUUUUUUUCUACUCGAGCGUCUGUUUGUGCCAGCUUGAUUGCACUGGCACAAACUGUCCCCUGCUGGACAACUGUAUCGAAGAAGUCCUGGAGAGCGGUGCCUGUUGUGCUUCGUGCUCACAAAAAGGAUGUGCGUGCGAGGGAUACCAGUACUACGACUGCAUCAGUGCUGGCUUCAAGAAUGGCAAGGUGCCCGAGGGAGACUCCUACUUUGUUGACUAUGGUAGCACCGAGUGUUCCUGUCCCGUAGGAGGGGGCCGGAUCAGCUGCCACUUCAUCAGCUGUCCUGAUAUGCCACCAAACUGCAUCGAGGUUUCCGAGCCUGCAGAUGGCUGCAUGCAGUGCGAACGAGUUGGAUGUGUUCACGCUGGACAAAAGUUUGAGGCUGGAUACUCCUUCCACAUUGACCCUUGCCGUGUUUGCCACUGCCCUAAUGAAGGGGGGAAGCUCAUGUGCUACCCGGUACCAGACUGUGAUCCGCAGCAAGUUCAUAAACCCAUGUUAGCUGCACCCACAGAGGAUAAUACAGUCAUCACGCAUGAUAAUUUCCCAUACAGGUUUGAUCAACAAGGCCACACAGAUCAAUUUGCCACUCCUUAUCACCUUCCUAAUGGAAAUCUUCCUCUCUUUAAAUUGUCACCGCUUGAUAAAGAGAAACCAGAAGACUAUGAUUAUGGUCCUACAGACUUUCCAGAGACCUACCCACAGUCUUUGCUGUUUCCCACCCCAUCUUCCUCUUCCUUUAAAAAAGUUCUAUCUGUGUCCCAAGGCUCUGUCAAAGCUGACCGCAUCUCUUCUCUUCAGAGCUUUGACAGGCAAGGCAAGCAGGCGCUGAGAGAACGAUAUGGAGUUCGUGACCAUCCUUCAGGCAGAGAAGAAGUGACAGAAAGUCCCCUGAGACUAGAGCAGACGACUGACAUGCCAAAUAUGCGUGCCACAUCUUCUUGGCAGUUCUUGCAGGGUCUAACAAGUUUGCAAGGUGUCCUUUUUAAUAAUUUACGUCCACAGACAGAUGUAGACGAUUCAUUGCAUGGCCACAAGAGCUUGGGUAGUGUCGUAUUUCCAUUACACAGAGAAUUAGAAAGUGAAAAUGCGGGUUCAGAAAGUGCCAUUUAUCCUCAGAGAGGCACUGAAACUAAGGCACAUAACAAAAAUACAUCAGAUAGCGUGGCACCGAGGGGUACUAUCAGUCAGACAAACGUGAGUCUUCCACAGAGGGGUACAGAGAUCCAAUCCAGUCAAGAAAGAGGAUCAGAUACAGUACAUUUUCCACUGUACACCAUGGAAAGCUCAGAGGUUCCUAUCCAUCCUGAGGAAAAUUCAAAUGGUCCAAAAGAAACGCAGAAGCUACUCACAGUUUAUGAGAAGGAAAGAUUGAAUGAGGAAGAGAUGCAGGGGGAGAAGCAGGAAGAAAUAGUACCUUUUCAGAAUGUGUCUGGGCCUGAAGGAAAGGAUGUGCCUUACACCAUCGACACAGUGCAAGAGAGAAGCGAGGAGGACUCGGAGAGCAGCUUUCCAACCAGCAUUUAUGAAAAGACUAUUUCUGAGCCCGUCACUCCUUCCCAAAGGAGGCCUGAAUCCCGGACAACACCUGUAUUCCAGUUUAUCACCACCACCCAGCCACCAAUGAGAGUUACACUGGAAGAAAGUCAGCCUAGUGGAGAGCCCAAUCAGAUGGUGAUUAACCUUCACAGUGAAGGAAGACAGGAGGAAAAGGAAGGAGUGAAAGAGGAGGAAGAUCGCCCUGUUUUACCCAUCAAACCCGAGGAGGAUCCAGGUGUGUCCUCUGAAGACCUGCUGCAGACCUGCUGCACUGCUGGCCAGAGAUGGGCCUCUGAAAAUGGUCACUGCAAGAACAUGCCUCUGCUCACUAAUGACAACGUCUCUGUUUGCAGUGUUGCACAGAAGCAGUGCUGUCUCAGCUCUGUGAAGGAAAGACAGUGUGAACUAGGCGUGACCUCAGCCAGAGGUGGAGACAGCUGUGACGUGGAUGAGCGGGACUCGUGUCUAGAUGACUCCUAUCAGGUGUGCUGCAGCUGCUGCGUUCUUGGCUUACGUGUUCGCAGUGAAGGGCGGGGUUGUGAUGCCCACCAGCACCUGGGCUAUCCAUGCGGUCACAUCUUCCUCACUUGCUGCGAGGAAGGGGAUGCUCUGAGCCUGUUGAGGAGAAAGCAGAAGCCAAGACCAACUGCCCUUCCCAGGAAAGUAUCAGACAAUAAGUUCCCCAAGGAAGCCUUCUCCAUCAGGUCCACAGAUGAAGCUGCCAACACUGUGGAGGAGCAGGAGGAUGUUGACGAGUGUGAGCUCUACCCUGGCCAGCUGUGCCAGCACACGUGCACCAACAUCUGGGGCUCCUAUCGCUGUAGCUGCCACCAGGGCUACAUCCUGCAGCUGGAUGGACAUUCGUGUGCACCAGUGAGCUUCAAGGAGGACAAUGGACUCAGAGAAGUUGACGGUCCAGCUUUUUCCCCCACCACCACCACCACUAAAACUACUACAACCACCACCAGCUCCUUUAGCCUCAAUCCAUGUGCAGACAAUGGUGGCUGCAGUCAACAGUGUACGGCCGUGGCAGGCCGGGCUCGCUGCUCCUGCUUCCCGGGGUUCUCACUGAUGACAGAUGGACGGAUGUGUGAAGAUGUGGAUGAGUGCGUGACCGGUGCCCACAGUUGCAAGCCCAGCCAGCGCUGUGUGAACACAGUGGGUUCAUUUGUGUGCGAGCUGCAGGUCACUUGUCCUGCUGGUUACCAGCUGCGGAACAGUCUUUGCGAGGACACUGAUGAGUGCACGACGAGAACUCAUAACUGUGGCAUGGGCUUUGUGUGUGAGAAUACAGUGGGCUCUUUCCUGUGUAAUCCCAAACAGAAGUGCAUCAGUGGUUUCACACAGGACUCUCAUGGCAACUGUAUUGUGGUCCAUGAGUGUGAGAACAUUGAUGCCUGGUCUUUUUGUACUGUCGGGCCCUGUAACAAGCCUUAGCUGUGUUUAAGUUAUACCCUCUCGGCUGCUCAGUGGGUCACUGUUGAAGCGCUUCAUCUUUCUUUCUGCAUAGACACUGACGAGUGUCAGAUGGGGACGCACCGCUGUGGAGCGGGCCAGAUCUGUCACAACCUCCCCGGCAGCUACCGCUGUGACUGCCAGACAGGCUACCAGUAUAACGCCUUACGCAAAGCCUGCACUGAUGUAAAUGAGUGCUGGCGCUAUUCUGGCAGGCUGUGCGCCCAGAAGUGUGAAAACACCCCAGGCUCCUACCGCUGCUCAUGCACAGCCGGCUUCUCCCUCGCAUUCGACGGCAAGAACUGCGAAGAUACAAAUGAGUGUGACCAAAGCCCUUGUAGCCAGGAGUGUGCCAACAUCUAUGGCUCAUAUCAGUGCUAUUGUCGCCCAGGCUACUACCUGAAAGAUGAUGGGCACACCUGUGAAGAUAUUGACGAGUGCUCCCAGAGCAUCGGGAACCUCUGUGCCUUCCAGUGUGUUAACACUGCAGGCAGCUAUCAGUGUGCCUGUCCACCUCAUGGAUAUGUCAUGGCUGCCAACGGACGCACCUGCAAAGAUAUUGAUGAGUGCACAGCUGGCACCCACAACUGCUCCACUGGGCAGACCUGCUACAACCUUCAGGGAGGCUUCAGGUGUCUCUCCUUUGAUUGCCCUCAACACUACAAGAAAGUGUCAAACACACGCUGUGAGCGGAUCAACUGUCCCGUCAGUUCCUUAGACUGUAAGAACUCUCCCUUGUGGAUCACGCACUACCAGCUCACAUAUGAGACCAACAUCAUCAUUCCAGCUCAGAUCUUCCGAAUUGGCCCUAACCCGGCCUACUCCGGAGAUCAUAUUGUCAUCAGCAUCAGGAAGGGGAAUGAAGAGGGAUACUUCAGCACACGCAAGCUGAACAGCUUCACAGGCGCCGUCUACCUGCAGAGAAAGGUCCGCGAGCCCAAAGACUUCCUGAUAGACGUGGAAAUGAAGCUGGUGAGGCAAGGGACGUUGACUUCAUUCUUGGCCAAGAUUCACGUCUUCAUAACAACCAGCACUAUGUAAAGCCAAAGAGACAGACAGAGACUAGACAUUUCAUAUGGUGCUAAACAUUGGUGGCGUUUAGAUUUUUGUAAUGCCUCUAAAGGUUAAAGCAUGAUUUAGGAAUCUUGUAGAAUAUUGCCAAAGAUUGAAUUAUUCCUAUCAUGGCAGGCUCUCUGCUAUGUUUCCUUGAAAGUAAUGUUUCCUGAAAAACCUUGUAUUUCUACGUAUGUAUUUUUCAGCUUCACUCUAGCAAACAUAAUUUAGCUUUUAUACACUCGCACUAUUAGUGUCUGUUCAACUGCGUGUGUAGACGUUGGCUGGUCUCGGUUAUUGGUUUAUUCCCUCAUUACCCUUUUGGUGAUGUUUCGCACCUUCGGCUGGCUUUAAGAUACAACUGUAAGAUUGUGUUGUUUUUUCCUCUCACUUCACUGAUAUGUCAGCACAGGAGCUGAGAGAUUUUCACAUUACAGAGAGGGAGAUGCUACAACGGCCAGGAUGGUGAUGUGGCUGUGGUGACAUCACACGAUGCCUAGUGGCCACUUUUCCAUAGAUAAGGUCCAAAACUGACAAAAUGAAUAUAUGAGAACAAAUAUUCUCAGAAGUCUAGGAAGCAGUAUAAAUCGUUCAAUUUCAACCUUUAUUUGUGUAGUUUAAAAAAUAAUCUUUCAAUAGUUUUAGAUUAAAAAAAUCAAAUAAAGGAUAUUUAUUUUGGUAUCGUAUGCUUAUUUCACUUGGUAUUUUUUGUGAUUUGGCAUAUUUCACAUGUAAAUGAUAAAUGUUAGUGACAUAUCCACAGAGCUGGGCAACACAAAGGGGAAAUGGAGCGUUUCUCCAAUUAAAAAAAAAGAAAGAAAAAAGUUUUUCUCCCAUCUCAUAAAAUAUACUAAAAGCAAAACUACGUAAAUUAAUGUAAUCAGGGUUUUUUUUUCAUUAUUAUUUUGCCCGUUUUGGACCUCCAUAGCGUUGUGUAUAUUAUUUAUGAAUAUGUGAUCUGAUCAAAUGAGUUCAAAACACACAAAAAAAUAGUGAUGAUGUCAUUCUAGCACUGACAGUAUUAUUAUAGAGGAGGUUACAUUUUAUUGUUUCAUGUUAUACUCUUUAGUUUGUAACCAGAUGCAUCUUUUUUAUUUGACUGUGUAAUUAUCUCAGGGUAAAAACCACAUUCUCUUUUACACACGAGACAAUUUCCUGUGUGGUGUGCAGGACUGACUCAGCCUCACACAGCAUGUACAUUUGUAUCUGUAAACUGACUGAUGAUCAAACCGUUGUCAAUAAAAGGGCACAGUGUCA